GACAGAAGAAGAAAAAGAAACAGCAUGCUGUAAAUAUAAAACUUUGCGCGUAGGUUUGAAAGAUAUUAUCAACCAUCAACCAACCAUGCCGCGACGCUACAGAAUAUCCCAGGAGCUGUCCAGGUUGAAUGCCUCGCUGCAGUCCAAGGGCAGUGAUAAUGAAUCGGAUUCCGACAGUGAUUCUGACAAGGACGAAAAUCCGGAGAGAAAUGAACAGGAGGCGGUGUUGCGACGCGCCCUGGAAGUGGUGCAGCACUCAUCUUGUCCGGCUCUAAACACCGGCAUGUUGGGGCAAGAACUGCACGAGCUGGACGAAGACGAGGAUCAGAUAUUUCCCAGCUGUUUGGUCGAGGUACCAAUACCCGUGUUCCUGCCCCUCGACGGCCACUCGCCGCACGUGGAGCCCUGCGUCCAGAGACCGCAGUACUACGACUACUGGAGUCGGAAUUUAAACGUCUACAAGGUUCAGUAUGGGAAGGAGACCAAGCGGAUGAAGCAGCGGGAAAAGAAACAUAUGGAAAAUAUCUACGAUAUAAGGCUCUUCGACAUGGCGGAGCAUAUAGCUGGGCAGGAGAAUCCAUUCUUCCGGGACAGCUACGAUUAUUAUUACACAGGCGGCAACAUCAACACGAUGCCUUUCGAAGACAGCAGCCUAGUGAUGCAUGUCAGCGGUAAGAAGCUGAACGACCUGCACAUAUCCGCCAUCAACAGUAAUCUGAAUAUGUGGCAGACAAUUCACUCGGAAAAGCUGCAGGAAACCUCCAGCGAACUCUUUGAAAUACUGCCAGUGGAGAGUUUUGGGGUGAAUCAUGGCCACAUGUUCAUGGGGCGCUUUCUCAACGAGAUAUCCCUGUACGAGUUGAAGCGCCAGGAGCCUCAGGAGGAGGAGUCUGAGUUGCCAGAAUACCAACUGAUUCGCCAAAGCCAGUUUAGCAGUCAGGCGGCGCCUUUUACAAGCGUCUCCCAAUCGUUGGGUAAGCCUAAUGUCCUGGCCUUGGCCUCCCAAGAUCGCUCUCUACGCUUCCUGGACAUUAUAACCCAACAGGAUGUGGCCAAACAUGAUGUUUGUUGGGUCAAAGGACUGCAGCAUUCUACCAGUACCUGGGCACAAUUAAUGCCAGCGGAUGGAAGCACAUUUCACUUUCUCACCCAGCCGGUGCUUCUCACAGUGGACGAGAGAUGCGAUCGGCCACUGAAUCCCUGCUAUGCCAGCAGUUUUCGUUCCAAGACCUGCGAGACCUUCUCCUGCUUGGGCAAGGGCGUGAAUCCUAACUUACUGUAUGUGGCCAGCAAUCACAAGCUGCACUGCUUGGACCUGCGCUGCCUGGGUAAAAAUCUCACCGAUCGUGCGGUGGUCACGUGGACCCAUCAAAUGACCUAUCCGCCGUGUUUUAUGGACACAUGCGCCCACGACGACAGCGAAUUUAUAGCCUUGGGAGGCCUUCUGCCUAGCGAUCAGCGUAUCUGUGAACUGAAGGGAUCUCAGGCCUCGAAUAUAGAUGAACUGUUCUCACCAGCCAUGCCAUAUGCUCCUCCCUCGCUGCAAGAAGCCCUGUUGGAUGCACGACUGAGGGGCUGCGUGGAUGUCUAUGCUGAUCUUACGGAAAGGGUAAAGACCUGUAUUACCGGCCUGCGAUUCAGCUGUCUGGAGAAUGUCAACGACCAAGGCUUUGCUCAGCUCCUGACAGCCAACAGCCUGGGCGAUCUCUACUCCCAGAGACUAAGGACUCGCAAUGAAAGCGAGCGCAUUGAGGAGUUACGAACGGGCCUGCACAACACCACAGCCAUUAGCUACUAUACAAGUCAAGUCCAGAACUGUGUGCAAAGCCAGAAACUUCGCUGCACCGAAGUGCAAUCUAUACCACAGAUGAGAGAGAUUUUUAGAGAGGCAGGCAAGAGACCUCAGCCCGAUGUUAAGCCCAUGAUCGUGGAAGAUAUCGAGAUAGACUGGGGAAUUGAGGAUUCAGAUAUUUCAGACGAUGAUGAAGAAGAAGAACUAGAAAUAACCAAGAGCAAAGGGCGAGGCCAGAAGAAGAAACUCGAUAAGAAGGGCAAAAAGAAACUCAAAAACAAGACCAAAAAGCAAGUGACACAGCAAUCCAAAGAUAAGCAACCAGUUAAGUUUAAUUUCAAAAAAGAUAAGGGCAUCAAUCGUGGAUCUUGGCAAAAGUCUGCCUAUCAGAUGGCCCGCUUUAAGGAUAUGCUUACCGUAAGGAUGCUAGAUGUCUGGGAUAUGGAGGAAUACGAUCAUGCACGCGAUGUGACCAGGGAAAUGAUAGACGAAAAGUUGCCAAAGGAAUUGGAGCCAGAGAAUCGCAUGGCCAGCUGGUUAGAUAAACUGUCCAGCGAACCAGCGGAACUCCGACUGGAAUUGGAGGCAGACGAGGAGACCGAACGACGUAAUCCCAAUCUAGUGCCGGGCACUAAUCUACCGAAGCUGUAUGACGCCAUGACAGCAGAGUAUUCCGAGGUAUCCAUAGUUCCGCUAAAUGAGGAUUACGUAUAUCCUACGGAUAAUUUCACUCCUGAACGGAGAGUCACCUUCCAGAUGCCUUCUAUUCUACAGCCUGGAGAGAACACAAUCAUCGAAUGUGGCCUUGACAUCAAUCCACCGCCCGCCAAGCGACCCAAGACCCGGCACACCAUGGGAUUUUAGAUUAGCUUUAAUUUUAUAUGGUUAAUUCUUAAAUAUUAGAAGUUAGAUCCUUAUAAGGGGUUAUUUUUAGUUGCUGUUUUUUUUAGCCUUUUGUUAACAC